UUUGCACAUGGCCCGAGAUCCCCCAGCUCCCACCACCAACCCAUACCACACCACUGCCGGUCUCUCUCCCUCCCUAAAUGGCGGCCGAGUCGGCCGCCACACCCGCGCCCGCGCCCCCGCCCCCGCCGCAGGAGGAUUCCCAGCUGCCCACCUACCUCGGCGUCAGCUUCGCGCUCUUCCUCGCCACCCUCCCGACCAGCACCGGCGCCCGCCACGUCGCCUCGCUGCAGUCCCGCGGCCGCCUCCUCGCCGCGCGCCUGCUCGCCGCCGAGGACCAGCUCCGUCAGCUGCGCGCGCGCCGCCGCGAGGACGCCCGCGCCAACGCCCGCGCAGCCGAGAUCUUCGCGGGCCACCGCGCCGCCUGGAUGGAGGCCGAGCGGCGGCUCCUGGCCCGCGCCGCCGCCGCAGGGGACGAGGCCGCCUCGCUCCGCGCGCAGCUCGCCGAGGCGGAGGCCGACGCCACCGCGCUGCGCGCCCGCGUCGAGCGCCUCGAGCGCGAGGCGGCUGAGCGGGACGAGCUGCUCACCGCGCUCCUCGCCGCGACCUCACGCGCCGGCGAGGAGGGGGAACGCUUGCUCCGCGACGCGCGGGAGGACGAGCAGGACCCGGUGCCCGUGCCGCCGGUGGAUCCGCCUGAGACCACCGACGCGGAGGCCCUGGCCGCCGCCGCCGCGCUCUACGCUCAGCAGCGCCAGAAGCACGACGGCUAUAGCGACGACUUCUACACGGCGGCCACGGCCGCGUCGGGAAUGCCGCCGUGGAUGGACCCAUCGAAAGGCUGGCAGGACCUGAAGUAUGAUGCAGUUGAGUCAACGUACAACACAAAGCAUAAUGUACCAAGGAGAGAGUCACCCUGGAAGGUGGACGUAGAAUCAUCAGGAGUUCCUGCAAAGCUUAGGUUGCUUGAGCAGGAAUUAAUUAACCUGGAAAAGGUAGUGAAUGGAGAUUUAUCCAAGAUUCCAUUGGUGAUGAGAAAACAAGUGAAAAGAUACCAAACUCUCGCUGGGAAAAUUGAUGAUCUUUGCAAACGGAUGCAAACUAGUGACCCUUGUGAUUCAACACUUAGCUCGGAGUUCAGAACGCAGCGGCAAACAGAAUUCCUGCUAGAAGCAUUCCACCUUCAGCACCGAGCAACUGAAACAAGGCAGAAGCUGAGCGCACUGCAAGCAGAGACCGCAAAAAGCAGCUUCGGUGAUGAGCUAACAGCAGAAGCCAAAAUGUGCACAAGAAGAGCACUAAGUUCAAUUAGGAAUAACUUCAAGGAAAUCCAGCGAAGCUUGGAGAUUUGGCUGGCAAGGAUUCUUGGAGACCUGGAGGGUAUGCUAGCAAGGGAUGGUGCCUCACGGAUUAGGGAAUAUUUUCUGUCUCCGUAUGCUUCUGCUGUUCGGUGAAUGGUCGCCUUCCCCUUACAACUAUAGGGAUUCCUUGAACGCCCAUCAGCAGGUAAAAUAUCAAGUUCAUGCUCACUCGUGCAGCCCCUUGACCUUUAUGGCGAGCAUUAGACGAGUUGAAGAGAAAUGAUCUAGGAUCGUACCAAAUUUUACAGGCAGAAAACGAGAGAGAGAGAGUGAUUUCUGCAAAAUAGAAAACUUUCACCUUUCCCCAGUGGUCCCAAAUUUUGACCUCAAAUUUGAUCAUGUCCUAGAUCAGUUAUCUUCAUGUAUGUCUAAUUUACGUCAAGAAUCUCAUGAGGCAUGGUCUUAUCCGUACCUUAGGCACGGUUGCAUGAAACUGAGGUUGUUAGUGUAUGUUGUUGCUCAUGCUGGUACCAUGCGACUCGCCAUAAUGUUUGCACAUAGGCGUUGAUCUGUUCGCAGGCUUUGUCUGGCUCUAUAGCUCUCCAUUAUGUUAGGAUUUGUAAAGCUGUAUGUUUAUGGUUCUGAUGGAUUCACCUAACCGUAUGUAGAACACAUGCCUUGGAUGUA